AUGAGCUCAAGCGACGUGUACCUCGAGUUCAAGCAGGUGUUCGAGAUGAUCGACACGGAUGGCAACGGGAAUAUCCGUAAGACGGAGCUGCUGCGCGGGUUGGUGCAGAGCCGCCGACGGCGUGUCCCCGUGGAAUUUGGGGAUCUGCCUGCACUUCAAGAUGCUGUUAUAGUUGUUGGUUAUCCUAUCGGGGGUGAUAUAAUCUCUGUAACAAAUGCUGCUAUAAACUCUGGCAAUUCUGGAGGACCUGCUUUUAAUGACAAGGGAAACUGUGUCGGUACUGCAUUCCAAUCACUCAAGCAUGAAGAUGCAGAGAAUAUUGGCUAUGUUAUUCCAACACCUAAGAUGGAAAAUCCGGACAUGCGGUUAUCCAUGGGGAUGAAGCCUGACCAGAAAGGUGUGCUGUAA